CGCUUUGCUGUUGCCUUUGUUUUUGUACGUCUGGCUGUCUGCCCAUCUGCCGCCUCUUUGCCCUGUUUGCUCCGUUACUCCCAUGCCCUGGUGCGCAGUGCCUGGUGCUGGUACGUUACCCUUUGAUUUUUUCUUUCGGCGGGUGUGGGAAGCGUCAUCCUUCAUUUUAUUAUUAUUUUUGUUUUGUUUUAUUUUGAUCGGUGUCCGAGGGCUCUUUUCUCGAACGGUCGGUGCGAUACCUGUUCUUUUCUUUCGGAUCAUUUUGUUUUCUUUUUCCGAGUGACCCCAGCUUGCCGGCCUGUUCUGUGCUGCCGCGCAAACACUUUAACGAUGGGGAGAAGACACUGGUGCGGCCUGUUGCUGGUGCUUUUCCUGCACGAUGAGGUCGCUUAUUCCCUAGCACCGCGCGUUUCCCUCUCACGCGCGUUCCAACGCAGAGAUUGCUCGCCGCAGCAACGAGGCCGCACCUGUACAACAGGAGAACAACCUCGGCGUCGUAUGCAUACAUGCAGCAGAUGUAACAGGAUCGUCAUGUCCGCGAGCAGCAUGUCGCAACCGGCAAAGGCUGUGCUUUCAUCCUUGCUGGCAGUCAGUGUUAUUCUGACCGGUGUGGUCCCUGGGUUGGAGGUGAAAUCACCACGUCCGACGGGAAGGAAUACCGUUACUCAGGUCGUCGCCUCUGCCGGUGUUCCCAACGCUGCUGCUUCCACUUUCAACACCGAGCAAGCAGCCAUCGCGGAAACGUGGCGCACGGUGGACCGCCUGUAUGUCGACCGGACUUUCGGCGGUCAAGAUUGGUUCGGUCUGCGCCAGCAAAAUAUCAAGGACGCUGCGAAGGGCAUGACAGAGUCCGACCUCAACUCGGCGUUGUCCAAGAUGCUGGCGUCGCUUGGUGAUCGCUACACACGGUACCUGCCCCCAGCCAAGUACGCCACCAUUGUGCAGUCCUCUUCAGGCGAUGUGGCGGGAGUCGGGGUCUCGUUGUCCGUGGACGGUGGGCGAGAUCUGCCGCUCAUUGUCGGGGUCGAGAGCGGGACACCCGCGGCGGAGGCGGGCCUUCAGGCGGGGGAUCUUCUGCUGCAGAUAAGCGGAGACGAGUGCCGAGGCCUCGCCCCAGACGACGCGGCGGCUUUGCUGAGGGGAACGGAAAACACUAAGGUCGGUAUUGUCGCGGAGCGGCCAGCUUCUGACGGGGCGGGGGGAGAGAAGCUGGACUUGAUCGUUACUCGACGCAAGUUCAAGGUGGAGGGAGUCAUUCCGCGGGAAGUCACGGUCAACGGCCGGAAGAUUGGGAUAGUGCGGAUCAAGUCUUUCAGCUCGAACACCGCCGGGGACGUAAAGGCCGCGGUGGAGCGGUUCAAGUCCAGUGGAGUGUCUCGAAUCGUCGUAGACCUUAGGGGAAACGUCGGCGGACUGCUGCCCGGCGGCAUAGACACGGCUGGCUUGUUCCUUGACUCAGGGAAGGACGUGGUGUUCAUUAUCCGCAAGAACGGCUCGGUGGAAGGCCGGACAACCUUGGAGGCGGGCCCGCAGGCGCAAGGGCUGCCCCUGACUCUUCUGGUGGACAAGGGCACCGCUUCUGCUGCCGAAGUGUUCGCCGCCGCCGUAAGAGAAAAUGAUCGCGCCAUGUUGGUGGGAGAGCGCACCUUCGGCAAGGGUGUCAUCCAGACUGUGGAGCCUUUGACCAACGGGGGAGGGGUGGCGGUUACAGUCGCAAGGUAUGAAACGCCGCUACACCACAACAUCAACAAAGUCGGGAUACCGGUGGACAAGGAGAUUGAGUGCCCCGCAAGCCGCGAUGCAGCCGAGUGCGAUAUAUGACAGGGUUUGGGUGGGGCGAAUGCCGUUGAGCACUAGUGUGGACAGAGAGCACUCGCUGGAUCUGUUGCUGGUUGGUGAAAACGAACAUCGAUGCGUUCGUCGAUAUUCCUGCAAUAACGUGAUGACGCUGUGCUCGUGGAGUGGACAUGCUUUCGUUAUGACCUAAAAGGGACGAAAUCGGUGGCUCCUGCUGCCCGGCAUGUCAUCUUUCCCUCGUGAGAACGACCCAGCGAGAGGCGGAUGUCCACGUGGGGGGUACCCCGGAUCAAGAGCAAUGAACAUACGUAGCCGCCGCCCGGGCAACGUUGCGUGCACGGGCUCUGCUCUUGAAAGCUGGUCACACGAAGACGUUGUCUGCCGCCUGCGAGGAUUGUGCAAACACUCUUCAGCCGCAUCUCGCUUGGCAUGAUAUUUCCGCUGUAGUACUUCGUAUAUUAUUGCUGUGCUUUAGCUUCGGAACGAUUUGAACCUGUGUGUGUGGUGGGCUACCUUUUGUAGACGAAUAACCCGGCAACAGACACAUUGUUGUAUCAGGGCGUGUAGCCUUUCCAACCAACACCACUGCACAUUUGUAGCCUGACCCUCCGUUAUCCAAUGCUUUUGCGUAAGACAGACGUUUUUGUGCUUACCACCAGCUGGCAUCACUGGCGUGAUAAUCGGUGUACAAGACUACAGGUGUAUUACAGACUCGAAAUAAGCCCGGUACCGAGCC